CACAUCUGGGAAGAGCAGGACAUCCACUUCUGAGGACUGGCCCCACGAAAGGAAAGAGGCGGGGUCAGAGCUGGUGCUGGAUUUCACAGCCACAGAAGGUGGUUGCAAUGGUUGCCGUAGCAAAAGCCGUGCCAAACUUGCCUGCCCUCUGUUAGCGGCUCCUUGCCUCCUACCUACGGUUUCCCGGGUGGCAGCGUUCACCGAGCACCCUGGAGAGGAACUGUUUGGAGAUUUGAGAGUCGGCAGAAAACUUUGAGAAGAGUAGCACCGCGGAGAAAUUUGCGACGGAACUUCCAGCAGCAGCGGCCGGAGGGGACCGGGAGGAGGAGUCAACAGGUCCCAGGUACUGCCAUCCGCUUGUCAUCGACGAGCUUAGGAGCUGCAGUUGAUUCAAGGGGAGAUUUCCUUGACCAAGGAUAGGGAGAUUGACGUUUUUGGGAGGAAGGACUCAUCCGAGCAAUCGAUUGCGGGCAGUCCACCAGCCCGGAAGCCCAGUUGGCCAAACAGCGCACCACUCAAUCAGUCUGAACAGCAACACACAGGGCUGUUGGUGCCCAACAGAGGCAGGGGCUGUGUGACUGCAAAGAGGGGAGGCCCAUAGAGAAGAGCUCUGUCUGGGCAUCAUGUGAUCUAUGCAUGUCCUCUCCAUGGACUGUAGUGAAAGAGUUCACCUAUGUCCCCGUGUCAGGAUCCCAACCACUACCACCCCUAUCACCACUAUCACCUGUCCUGACUGCUUCCAUUAGAGUCACCUGUUCUUCACUCAACUGGAUUUCUUCUUCAUCUUAAAGAUAAGGAAUGGCCGUGCUACUUUCCAGCCUCCCCAGCACCUCUCACAAAUAAGGCCUUUUGGCUUGUUUCACAAUACCAAGCAAAGGAAGGAUAAAACACUCUACAGACCCCUUUUAUUCCUCUGCCGUGUGCCUCUUUUUAUCUUUGUUUCCCUGGUAACUCAACCCUCAACACACACACUCACUAAACCGACAGGAUUUUUGUCUGGGUUAAAUCUACAGCAGCCAUUUUAAGGAGACAUUUCCAAACCAUAAGGAGUUUUGUUCAAAGUCCACCUGGCAGUCUUUUGGAAUAUCUUCGAAUCCGGCGUCCCUAUGGGGGAUUAAAUCAUUACAGGAAUCCACACUGACUCCUCUUUGGUUGAGACAAGUUGGUACAUCUUGUUACGGAGGUUUUUCAGUGCGGCCUGUUUGUGACCGGAGGUGGACUGAGUCACCAUGGCGGGGAAGGGCAACCCGGUGCCGGGCCCCCACCUCAACAGCUUCCCCAUGCCCACCUACUCCUACUUCUUCCCACACAUGUUGGGGAGCCUGUCGCCUCCAGCCCUGCCAGGACUGCCCAUCAGUGGGUACAGCACCCCCUCACCAGCCACGAUAGAGACCCAGAGUACCAGCUCAGAAGAGAUAGUACCAAGCCCGCCCUCACCUCCCCCGCCGCCCCGAGUCUACAAGCCCUGCUUUGUGUGCCAGGACAAGUCCUCAGGGUACCACUAUGGUGUCAGCGCCUGCGAGGGCUGCAAGGGCUUCUUUCGGAGAAGCAUCCAGAAGAACAUGGUGUACACGUGUCACCGAGAGAAGAACUGCAUCAUCAACAAAGUCACCCGCAACCGCUGCCAGUACUGUCGUCUGCAGAAGUGCCUGGAAGUUGGGAUGUCCAAGGAGUCGGUGAGGAAUGACCGGAACAAAAAGAAAAAGGAUGAAAAGAAGCAGGAGUGUACAGAGAGCUAUGUGCUAAAUCCCGACACAGAGCAGAUGAUUAACAGGGUUCGCAAAGCACACCAGGAUACUUUCCCCUCUCUCUGCCAGCUGGGCAAAUACACUACGACUAACAGCUCAGAACGACGUGUGUCCUUGGAUGUAGACCUGUGGGACAAAUUCAGUGAACUCUCCACCAAGUGCAUCAUAAAGACAGUGGAGUUUGCUAAGCAGCUGCCCGGUUUCACAACGCUUACCAUUGCCGACCAGAUCACUCUGCUCAAAGCCGCCUGUCUGGACAUCCUGAUACUGCGGAUCUGUACACGCUACACACCAGAGCAAGACACCAUGACCUUCUCAGAUGGGCUCACGCUAAACCGAACUCAGAUGCAUAAUGCUGGGUUUGGUCCCCUUACCGAUCUGGUUUUUGCCUUUGCCAACCAGCUCAUCCCUCUGGAGAUGGAUGAUGCAGAAACAGGGCUGCUAAGUGCUAUCUGUUUGCUGUGUGGAGAUCGUCAGGACUUGGAAGAGGCAGAGAAAGUGGACAUUCUGCAGGAGCCCCUUCUAGAGGCUCUGAAGAUUUACGUAAGGAAGAGGAGGCCCCAUAAACCGCACAUGUUCCCUAAGAUGCUGAUGAAAAUCACUGAUCUGAGAAGUAUCAGUGCUAAAGGAGCUGAACGUGUCAUCACUCUGAAGAUGGAGAUCCCUGGCUCCAUGCCCCCUCUCAUCCAGGAGAUGCUGGAGAACUCAGAAGGUCUGGAAAGUGGAGCCACAGGAAGCCGACCCAGCGGUGCUGCCCCGGAGAGCUGCAGCCCCAGUCUGUCCCCCAGCUCUGCCCAAAGCAGUCCAGCCACACAGUCGUCAUAGUAGCUUAUUUUUCCUCACAACGCUCUCUAUCUCCGCUCUGGAUAUUCUGAAGAGGAGGGGUGAAGGAGGGGGGCCUUGACCCUGACUGGCA